AUGACAUCUACCAUUGCUCCAACAACUACAACUACAACUACUGAUUCUGCGACAGGCACAAUCAAUCUCGUCGGCCAUGUUCCUUUGCAGAUUGCUCCUGGAAGAUUGAACGAUACAAUCUUAUCUACCGGCAGCGAAUUUGGAGGUGUUGCCAGAUGGGGUGAAGAACGUCACGAAUUUGGUAUGAGGAGACUUGCAGGGACCGAAUUAGACGGUAAGAUGAGAGAUUGGUUUGUUCGUGAAUGUAAAGAUCUUGGUUGUUCCAUUAAAAUUGACCAAAUUGGUAACAUUUUCGCCAUAUAUCCAGGUAAGAACAGUGGGACUAAACCAACUGCGACAGGCUCGCAUCUCGACACUCAGCCAGAAGCUGGUAAAUACGAUGGUAUAUUGGGUGUCUUAGCCGGGUUAGAAGUUCUAAGAACGUUCAAAGAUAACAAUUACGUCCCAAAUUAUGACGUGUGCGUUGUCGUUUGGUUCAAUGAAGAAGGUGCCAGAUUUGCCAGAUCUUGUACUGGGUCUUCUGUCUGGUCACACGAUCUUUCCUUAGAGGAUGCUUACAGCUUGGUGUCAAUUGGUGAAGAACAUCCAGAGACAGUUAAAGAAUCCUUAACCAAAAUCAAUUACAUUGGAGACGUUCCAGCAUCGUAUCAAGAGAAUCAAAUAGAUGCUCAUUUCGAAUUGCACAUCGAGCAAGGACCAAUCCUGGAAGAUGAGGAUAGACGUAUAGGUAUUGUUACAGGGGUCCAAGCAUACAAUUGGUCCAAAAUCACCGUUUCGGGUGUUGGUGCACAUGCAGGUACGACUCCUUGGAGAUUGAGAAAGGAUGCUCUUUUGAUGACCUCGAAGAUGAUCUGUGCUGCUGCGGAAAUUGCUGAAAGCCACGAUGGUUUGUUUACCACCGGUGUUAUAGACGUUAAACCAUACUCUGUUAAUAUCAUUCCAGGUGAAGUUACCUUCACGAUGGAUCUAAGACACUACUCUGAUGAAAUGUUAAAGCAGAUCAUUGAGGAGAUUCAAUCUGCUUUUGAUAAGUUGAUUAAGAACAAUAAGGGCGGUGCGUUGACAUAUGAAAGGGAGGUCCUACAGGUCUCGCCAUCAGUCAAGUUCAACGAGACAUGCAUUGACUGUGUGUCACGUUCUGCGUACUCGCAAUUUGAAAAGGAUAAAGUGAAGCCUAUGUGGUCGGGCGCCGGUCAUGACUCUUGCCAAACCGCACCGCAUGUGCCAACUUCUAUGAUUUUCAUUCCAUCAAAAGAUGGCCUAUCGCAUAACUAUUAUGAAUACUCUUCACCUCAAGAAAUAGCUGAUGGUUUCAAGGUGUUGUUACAAGCUAUUAUCAAUUAUGAUAACUAUAGAGCAACUCGCGGCCAUUAA